GUGUCAAUGAUUUACUUCGAUUAAUAAAAUAUUUUGCAGAUUAUAUAUAUAUAUAUAUAUUUCAGGAGGAUCUCCUCUUCUUCUCCUUGCUUUACGCAAUUGACUUGUUUAGCUGAACUAAACAAUUUCGCAUUCUUCACCCACAUCGAUUGGGUUGAAAGGGAACCGAUCAGGGAAUUGAUUGCAUUUUUUAAUGUAUCAUCAGGUACGAUUAUUCUUUAAAUCAUCGUCGAUCAAUGUUCCUGUGCUACCCAUGAGACUUAGGUCAGAGGGAGCUACUGUUUAGUUCAUUUUAGCACCGAUGUUUGAUACCCAUCUCUAGUUUAGACUCUCACAGUUCAUGUUAUUGUCGUUUGGAAAUAAAUUGGGCUGAUAGUGGUUUAUUUGGAUGAGAGUUGAUAUUGGUCGAAUUCAUCAGCAUUUUUUAGAUGGAUCUGAUAUGUAACUAGGGAUGUUGUUGGAGUUUUGCGGGCAUAGAGUGAAAACAUGGAAUUUCAUGGUAAUUCUCAGACUGAAAUCGGGAAAUUGGAACAAAUUCGCUAUCACUUUCUUUUGAAGAGCUUACACAUUAUUUUAGACUCGAGAAUUCCUUCACUUCGCCCAAGUUAUCGAAGUGGUGACCUCUCAUCGGCUUCUAAAGUGAGAAACAGUGACAAAUGGUUCUGUUUAGUUCUAGGGGACCGCCCUGCUGCUUUAGAUAAUCUGAAUUUCUGGCACAGAAAUCUGACGGGUCCUAUGGUUAUCGACAUUAUUCUUGUUCAUGAACCUCGCAGUUCUUCAUUGGAGGACAGCCAUACUCCAACUUUGGCUAUGGGAGCAACCGUUGAGACGGUUAUAGAAAGGUGGAUUGUUCAGUAUGAGUCUCCCCAGGGUGCGACUCAUCCUCUAAUUAAUGAUAACAAGAAGACAUACAAGAAGUGCAUCAUACUUCUACGGUCUCUUUAUUCUCAAAUGCGGCUCCUCCCUGCAUAUAGGAUCUUUCGGCAGCUAAGCUCAUCCAGUCAAAGUUACAAUUUUGAUAUUAUUUACAAGGUGUCUUCAUGUAGUGAGCCAUUCUUUCAUGUACCGGAAGAAUCAAUGAAGGAAUACACUUUUGUCCCUGUUGAGGCCCCUCCAGGGCGCCUUUGUGUUUCUGUGAGUUAUUGUCCAACGCUAGCUGAUUUCAACCUUGAGCCUUCAACAUCUUUUCCACCGAGGAUCAUAACUGAUUAUGUUGGUAGCCCUACCACUGAUCCUUUAAGGACUUUCUCUUCUUCAGAGAAGGAUGUUGGGGCUAAUUUUCCAUUUGGAGUGAGAACUUCUUUUUCUGCUACUCAGCGCCCACAUAGUUGGACUAGCGGAUUUCAUAAAGGAGCUCCUUUUACUCGGAAUCAAUCCCUUGGUGUAUCUCCACCUGCAUAUUCCUCAUCUUCUACACGUCAUGAUUUUCCAUAUCCGCCAGCUGAUAUCUAUGGCCAAAGAAUUCAAAAUUAUAGACCGCCAACACAUCACAAGUCCACCAGUUAUGAUGAGUAUCAUCUUUCACCUCCGUUCUCUCCUUCUGCCUCCCCAUCGCCCCCAGCAAAUUAUUCUAACCACACACAAACUCGUUAUCAUUCAGAAACUGCCCCUGUAAGCAUUCCCCUUCCUGUAACUGGAAAAAGUUUAAGAUAUCUUUCUCCUAACUUUUCUGACCCUAGUAGACAAGCCCUUCCGCCUUUAUCUCCAAGGAAUGCAAGACAUGAUCCUUCAUCAGAGGGGUCUCCAUCUAGUAUACGAUCAUAUAAGAAAACAGAAGCUGUAAGGGCUGGGGACUUAGGCAUGACAAAUCAGAACUCUCCUCACAAGGUGUAUAGAGAUAGUAAAGAUGAUUCAGGGAGAUUCUCAGGAUUAUUGUCUUCUAGCGGCUCACCACGUAUUGGAUUUUCUAGAAGCUCUAGCAGGUUAUCUUUCCAGGAUGAGUUGGAUGAUUGUCCCUUUUCAUGUCCUUUUGAUGUGGAUGAUGUUGAAACAUCCGAUUCCCAUCUUAGUCAGAACAUUGAAUCAACAUCGACUUUAUUGCCUAUGGGUAGAAAAUCUCAAGAUGCUGCUGUUGGUGUUCUCGUUCAUAUGCUUAGAACAGCACCUCCUUUACGCCAAGAUCCAAGUUGUUACUCAUCUCAUUCCGUGAGGACCGAGUUUGAGGGUGGAGUUGGUACAGCGUCUGGUUUCUUUAUGCCUAGGAAGACUGCAGAUGCACUAGAAGAGCUCAGGAGCUACCGAGACAUGAAAGACCUACUACUUUCCAAAAGCGGAAUUCGAGUGCUUGGCAAAGAAGAAGCUUAGCUGCUGAUUUUCAGAUAUGUAUGGCUUAUGUAAAGACUGGAGUCUGGAGCUCCCAAAGGAAUGUUGAAAAUGGAAUCCAUCCAAGUCAAUACUAGAAUGCUGUGGAGCCAUGCUGUUUUAGUUGUUUUCAUAUGGAAGUAGAUCAGAUAGAUGUCUUUGAAGAAUGGAUUGACAAGUAAUGUACAUAUCAUGAUUGAGGAUUGGUUACUUGUAUGAACUUUGUCAGUUUAAAUGAAUGACCUUCUCAGUUAUAUAAACUA